AUGUCGAAUAAGGAUUCACCAGAGAUGGUGAGAUCACUGGUCAAGCAUUUGUUUUUUGAAAGAAUUCUGCCAGUACUCCCGGUAGAGUCUUAUCUAAAGACAUAUGGAGAAGUGGAGGCGAACGAAACGUUUUCAAUGUGUCGAUCUGUGAUCAUGGAUGUAUCGUUGGCGCAGGACGUGAAUGCCGUGGUCGAGGAAACAAUUACUCUGAUCGAGUUGAUUCUUCGAGAGGGAGAUAUCAUCGGGGAGAACAUUAGUCCAGAGGCUGUACAAUCGAUCCUGGCGCUUAUCAGGCUGCUCAGUGACAGUUUAGAGUAUUUUUGGGACCAUGCAGAAGUGACACAGUUGUCCAAAGCUAUGGGCGAAGCACUAGAUGAUGUUUACGAGAGGCAAAAGAGGUUGUUUAGUGGUUCUAUGCUAGGUUAUUCGACACAUAGACCGUGUUUCCAUUCCAGUUCACCCGCUCCUUUGAAAUCUGAACUCGCUACUAGAUUGUUGGAGACUUGCACAAGGAUCAAGUUCAAUACAGAAUCUAUUCGCAUGCUAAAGGACAUGUCUUUUCAUCUCUACGGGAGCACUUCAAUUGUCGCAGGAAGCAUUUUGCCGGCUUACCAAGCUUACUUGAAGGACAAAAACCAUCCAAGUUAUGCAGAAAAAGUGGAUCUAACAGUGGAUUACAUACUUCGGUUUCUGGCGGCUUCUAAUCCAACAGAGUUCACAACUUAUCUCAAGAUAAAAGUCUUGAAACCGUUAUUAGAAAAUCACGUUAGCAUUGAGAUAAAAGUUAUACAACAUCUCAAUCUUUUUGGAUGCGUCUUUCUCAGCAGGAAAAAUCUAACUAGAUAUCUGGAGACCAUUAAAAAUCUAUCAAAUACCAUGAAGAAGAGCAUAUAUCAUUGCCUCCUAUUGUAUUAUGCUUCCAAAGCAUUGACGUUUUGGAUGAUGGCACGACCAAAGGAAUACACUGAAAUAUUCCGAUAUUUGAAAGAUAGUCGAUCGAGUGAAGUCUCAACGCCUGAUUCUAAUUCCCAUUCAACAACAGCUUCUUAUAAUGAGGAGGUAGAGCGGUGUAAGGCGAUCUCCCAAUUGGCUUCGUCUAUCUUUGACGAUAUCUAUUCCUCCUUUAACAUUUCCACAUUGUUGUCAGCUGUCAACUCUUAUCACUCUAAUUCCAGUCCACAAUCUGCAUCAUCCUCUUUUACACAAUCACCAUCACAAUUUCAAGCUCCUCCAAGCGCUGCAGCAAGUUUCCCUUCCUCUGGGCCAUUCUCUCCACCUCUUUAUUCUACCAUUCCACAGUCUUCUACCCCACCAUCAUUGACCAAUUUGAGCGGAAUGGAGAAUUCUCCACAACAAAGCUCCAGUGAAACUUUGGGCAAAUCUUCGGUUCAGGACUCAACUGUUUAUCCAACAAGUAUAGAGGAUAGUCCAUCUCAUACGAAGAGAGCCUUAGAAGUAAGACAAUCAAGAACUUCAGGUGUCCCGCAUCUGAAGAAUAUACUUGAUCUCUACACCACGGCAGAUAGCUCAGAAUCAUUAUCCCAUUCCUCCGUCCUGAAAUUUUUGACGACAUUGGUUGUUUUAGAUAUGGACGUUUUCACAGAAUUAAAUGCUACAUGCUUUAGAAAUAUAGCCGAUCCUAGAAAGGGUGAAGAGAAUGCGAGUGAAGUGGAGGAAAAGGAGAAAAUUCAAGGAGGAAUCAGGCAUUUGACUCACGGUUUGAAAAGGUUGACUACUUUGCCUGUAGCGAAAAAAAAGGGAAUCAAGUUCAUGACCAUGUUAAUGAGAAACCUUGGAGGGUCUCUUUUGGUUACCGACACUGCAUUCUUGGACACGAUGAGAGCUUUACUGACGUUUUUCACAGUCAGUUCGUCUUUUGCAUUGGUCGAUGACACAAUACCGUCAGUAGUAUUUGCUAAGAGACUAUUUCCCGCUUUGGCUUUGAACCUGGAUUUGGGCAAAGACUGGAACUCCGAGGCCAAGAUUAACCCAUACUUACAGAAGUGUCUUUUGAGGCAUCCAAGAUUCUAUGGUCGGUCCCAAAUAGAGGUUUUCGCUGCAGCAAUUCAGUUAGAUCAAAGCGAAUUUUUGGACCAUUUGCAUCUCGAAGAGCUUACGGCAAACUUGAGCCUGAAGAAGUUAAGCCUCUACACAGAGGGUUUUAGAAUCUUUUUUCACCUACCAAGUACGAGAAUAUUGCGAAAAGGAACAGCUAAGAAAACGUCUGACUUUUUCAAGAGCCUGCUCUUUAAGAUUCCAGAUACUUUGAUGAAGUCGUUUCCAUACUUUGACGACAGGGUUGCCGAUAUUGUGACGUCGAUACUGGAUGGAUCUAUUAUUGAAGAGCUUGGAGAAAGAAACCUUUUUCUGUCCAGUUCGCAAUCUUCGACAUCAUCUUUCAUGUCAUCAUCAUCACCAUCUCAAUCAACGAGCGGACCAUCUCCUCCAGGUGGCAUGAACAUUGACAUGCAUCUAAUAGGCCAUCCUUUAGGCUGGACACAAUCAAAUAACUCCAGCAGUUCUGAUACAAGCUCAACAAAUCUUCCAGUGGGUCAAACCGAUCACCAGUUUUCUCAUUUGGUGGCUCCUAGGGCACAUCGCGUCUCUGGUACUUUGAAGAAAAACCUAUUGUUUUCUUCUCCUAGUGGUUUAGACUCAGAAAGAGGUCAGCAAGCCACUCGCACUCACACUGAAGUAAUGCAGGACUCACCCUCAAAUAUCACUAGGAAUGCUCGUUCACCGCUGAGUCAAGCAAGAUCAAGGAGAGCUUCUGACGAAAAUUAUGCUAAAGCUUCCAAUCAUUUCUCUAUAACGGAGAAUUUGCUGAAUACUGCUUUAGAAGAAUACGACGAUGCCAGAAGAAUUAUGAUCAACAUUUUCAGCAUAUUUAAGAGGUUGACAAAUUACUUCAUAAUACCGCGUGUUGAGAGAACGAACGAAGAGUGGGCAUCAGCAGACUUCAGGAAUAUUAUUAAGCCAAUCUUUGUCGCAAUUAUAGACUCUGAUGAUAAUUUACAACAAACAGCAGAAUCAUUCAUGGACGUUUUAAUAAACUACAUUCCAAGCUUCAGCGAGGGUUCUUCACAAGCGACGAUACAGGGUUAUUAUUACCUGUGCAGUUACACAGUGGCUCUCUUUUCUACUGCUCUUUUCGAUCUAAAACUCACUAACAACAAACGAGAAGUGGUACUUCAUAUCAUUGUAAAGUUUCUCAAAGUUAGAACGCACCUAGCCAAGAUGUCCGAGGGCUUGAAUUUCCCCUGCGCACUUUUAGACGCGGAAUCGGAAACAUUCCCUCUAAUUUCUGGUACAUUGGGAAGGGCUCUAAUGAUGUCUUUAUUUUCGAACAAAAGCAGUGUUCAGAAGCUUCUGAAAACAGCGUAUGGCGAGUUCUAUCAGGUGAUAAAGUUCCACGAAAAAACCGUGGGAAGCAUUCCAGCUCCAUGGCUAGAUAAUCUCGGAUUUGCUGGCGCAAUGUCUCAGGAUAACUAUGUUACAUCAGGUUCUGUCGCGUUCCAACGUCGUUUGAGACUGAAUAUUCUGAAAUUCAUCAAACGUCCAGAUGCAAUCCUUUUGGAUUCGAUGGAAGUUAUUUACAAGAAGUGGCUGAGCUUGUCUCGGUCGAAAUUGUUGUCUCAAGAAGAACUGGCCGACUUCAGGAGUUUUGCGGGAAUCCUGGCAUCUAUGUGCGGUGUUCUCCUGGCUAUCGGGGACGAAAACUCACCCCAUCUCAAGGACUUAAGGGUGCAGGUAACAACCGAAAUGGAUGUCUUCAUCAAAAAGCAGUGUCAAUGGUUGAAUCACCCCGAUUUGCUGACUAGAGAAAAUUCCAGAGACAUCUUGAGCACAGAAUUGCACCCGUUAGCUCUCAACCUGCUUUUCUCCAACCUGAAGGCAAAAAUUGAUGAUCUCAGUAGCGUCGAUUUAUCUCAAUCAGAUCAUGAUCUGUCCUUCGUUUUGCUGGAGCAGGUUAUUAUCAUACUAAGAACCAUAUUAAGGAGGGAUGACGACGACAAAAUACUUCUUUUAUUCUCACUCGACGUUAUUAACUUCAUCGAUCAAUUGGUUGAAAUCGUCAACAAAAUUCCUUAUGAGUCAGCCAAGUUUUAUAAGGCGAUAAUCCAUAUGUCAAAAAUGUUCAGAGCCUUUGAGGUUGCAGAAAAAUACCUCGCUGUGACAGGUCAUUACGAAUUGAAGAAUAAAUGGCUGAAGUUGGUUACUAACUGGUUUAAUCUGACUGUUGACAAAGAUUACGACCUUCCUAAUCUCGCCAAGCCUCACAGAGAAAUGGACUUGAAGAGGCGUGAUUUCGAUUAUUUGUAUAUUGAUACCCUUAUCGAGUCAUCAAGGGCGUUGGCCUUUCUCACCCAAGAUGUACCGCUCGAGAUCGCGCCAUCUGUCUCAGAAGAAGAACUAAGAAGGUCGAGAUUUGUCGUGUUCGGUAAUUACUUCAGUAUUCUUUUAAAGGGCCUAGAAAAAAGUACUGACAUUGAGAAGUUCCCGGCUUCGCUGAAGCACAAGAUCAGUAUUUUGAAUGAGAAUGUAAUUACUGCCUUGACCAACCUGUCAAAUGCUAACGUGGAGGCCGGCUUUCAGCAUUCGUUGCCAAUGGGCUACCAGCCAAAAAACAAGAGUAUUCGACUUGCCUUUCUCAAAGUUUUCAUUAAUAUUGUAAGCAACUACCAAGCUAAAAAAACCCAUACGGUGAAAUUGAAGAUGGCUGCUAUGGAUGAGGUCAUAUUACAUCUGAUUAAGCACCCCUACUUAGUGCUCAAGACUGCUACCAUCUGCCCUCCAGCCGAUAUUGAGGCAUGCGCGGCGGGACUAGUCAAUGCCUUCGAUGCUCGAAACGCUUCCUAUAUUUUAGUAAAAGAUCUCGUUGCAGAAGAGAUUAAAAAUGCUCCAAGGCAUAUGGAUAUUUUGAGAAGAAAUAGCAUUGCCACAAGAGCCCUAUCGCUUUUUUCGAGACUCAAAGGUAACGAGUAUUUGGUUAGAACGUUGAACCCAGUUCUUUCAGAGCUUUUAGACAAGGGCGAGUUCUUCGAAAUAGAAAAGGCUCAACCUGAUUCCAAAAAACAAGUGGCACUUUUCGUCAAGUAUAUGAAGAAACUAGUAGACGCCAUUACCAACUCUAUACCAUUUUUCCCACCUGAAUUGCUGAUCAUCUGCCAGACCAUAUACGAAUCGGUCAACAAAAAGUUUCCAGACUAUACAUACGUAGCCGUGGGUUCAUUUGUGUUUCUACGGUUUGUUUGUCCUGCCUUAGUGAGCCCCGAAUCCGAGAACAUCGUUGACAUACCUCAACCCCAAUGUAAGAGACCUUUCAUCACUUUGGCCAAGGUUAUCCAAAGCAUUGCGAACGGUUCAGAUAAUUUGGCUAGAUGGCCUCUGCUAGAACCCGAGGCAGAUUUCUUGAAGGAUUGCAGCUGCCAGAUUUUCGAUUUUCUGAAAGAUGUGUGCCGAACAGACCGUACCGUUUCCAUUCCUGUCAAUCUAGAUCCUCAUCCAGUGUCUUAUGAGUUUAACUUUUUGCAUAGAUACUUCUACACACACGAGCUAGAAAUCAGGAGGGCGUUACUAGAAGACUAUAGAUCAUUUAGUGAGUUUGAGUCGCUCAAAUACUUCUGGCUUAUGAUCGACAGGGACCUGGCUGUGCUCGGCCAGCCAAAGAUGGAGUUCAAGAAUGAAAUCCCCUCGUUCAUCAAGGAUAAUAUGGAUGAAUAUCCACAACUUUACGAGUUCAUGAGUAGCCACGCAUUUCGAGAUGUUGGUGCUCUCAAUAGUGGCAUAUCUUUUGCUCACGAGUCAAUGUCAGCCGAUGGCCUUCCUAUUCUAACCCUAACGUUCAGGAGAUUUUCAAGCAACGGUGUUGAUGUAGAGACGGUCGUUUAUCGGACGUUCCAAAUAUAUGCGAGAAUUUGGACUUCAAAACAUUUCUUAGUUUUGGACUGUACUGAAUUUGAUGAGCAAGAGAUAGAUGUGAAAAAAUUGACAUCACUUUUCGCUAGUUUACUACCUCCGAUUGCUCUCAAGAACUGCAAAGGUUACUUUUAUUUCAAUAUUGGCGAAAACUUCAUGAAUAAAUGGGGAAGAUUACUUGGCCAGUCUAAUCCUUACAUCACUCAUAGUGUUCCUCAGCAUUUUGUCAAUAGCUAUACCGAUCCCGAGCUCGCUAAAUCACUGGGUCUGUCCGGUCAGAGUCUUGAGGUUUUGCAAGAUGUUCGUGUCACUCUGAAUGACGUUACGCUAUACGAUUCCAAACUGAAAAGAUUCACGCCAAUAUCUUUGAAGAUCGGUAACAAAUAUUUCCUGAUAUUGCAUGAGACUAGCAAGCACUACAAAAUUCAAGGAUGGGAUAAAUUGCUUGACAUAAAAUUCAACGACGUCUAUGAAAUAGGGAAAGUUACAUCAGUCGAUAUAACGUCUACUACAGGUGUUAAAAACGAGUUUACCGUUAAUUUGACUGGCUCCAGGACUUUGGUGUUUAGCAGCUCAAAAUACUUGGAAAUAGUGAAACUAUUUUACUACGCCUUGGAUAGGAUAGAGGAGGAAUACGUCAAUGAGGACCAAGCCCCUGCUACAAAGCACGAUGUCAAUGAAAGAGAGAAUCUAGAGCGCUAUGACAUUCUUUGUCACAUCUUUUUGAAUGUCUGGGUAGGGUUAUGUGGUGAUGACGACGUCAUCAGAUCAGUCGCUUACAACCUACUGGCUGUCACACAAGAAACAUUUAACGUUGACUGCGGAUCUCAUUUCCGUCAGUCACCCGAAGUGUACGUUUUGAACUAUUGCUGCACUUUUGGAUGUUUGAUAUCUGAGGCGCUGGCCAGAACAGCACCUGAACUUACGGCUUUUGUUUUUAAGUACUUUUUGGAGGCGAUUGAAAACAAAAUGAUCACGCAAGUAUCUGUUCCUCAAACCAUAGCCUGCCUUUCUUACUGGACCCCAAACAUUUACAAGGAUGUUUACAGGGUUAAUGCCGAAGAAGGCCCUGAGGCCGCUUCAAGAAUUAUACGAGCACUAAUCAGACUAACUGUAUCAGACCCAAGUUUCACAACAUUGUAUGUGCAGCAGAUUUGGUUGGUAUUAGUGAUCGAAGGGAGUUUAACACCACUCAUAGUCGAGGAGUUGAUAAAUCAUGCACUUGAUAGAGACUCAGAGGGUCGUGAUUGGUCCUCGGCUUUGAGUAUACUUAAUGGGUCGCCAACAAUCGAUAUGGCUUCGCUGAUAAUAGGCAAACUUAUGAAGAUAAUCAAGUCGUUUUUACCAUCUUUGAAAUUGGAAGCGUCGACUCACAGCUGGUCUGAACUUCUGAUUGUGGUGAACAUGUCUAUCCCUAUCUUCUUUGAAAAUACCUUGAUCACUCAGAUGUUCUUGCCAGAAACUCUUUUCAUUAUAUCUUUACUGAUAGAUGUGGGCCCGACUAAGAUACGCACAUCUCUUCAUGCGCUGCUCAUGAACGUCUCUCACUCCCUAACAUUGAAUGAUGCUAUCACGGAAGAACAAAAGCGGAUGCUAGACGAGGUGUGUACUACGCUGUCACGUCAGCGCUCGAAGUUUAUGUUUGGCUUCAGCCAGGAUAAGGGUCGUGUACUACAAAAUUUUAGUGCCGCAUCUUUUGCUAGCAAGUUUGCCGCUCUAGAACAUUUUAUCAAAAGUCUGAUGCGUUUGAUCGAUUGUUCAUCUGUAACCGAGGCCCCACAAUGGAAAACGAGAUUCAAAAAGUACUUGAUCGACACGGUUUUCAACAGUGAUUCAUUUCUUUCAGCGCGUGCAAUGAUGAUUCUCGGUAUAGUCGGCAAGACAUCUACGUCGGAAUCGCUUUGCAGGCAUCUUUUAUGUGAAACUAUGAAAGUGAUUGCAGAGCCGCAAGUGACCGACGAGCUGAUCUUUUUGCAAAUAGCGCAUAUUUUCACCUAUAGUAAGCUCGUUCAAGGUAUAGACACAUCCCUUGAUUUACUGAAACAAUUGUUUUGGCUCUCAGCUGCGGUGGUCGAAUCACCCCAUCCAGUGGUUUUCGAAGGCGGGUUGCUUUUCAUGUCGAAUACUCUGGCCUGUUUGUACCAAAGUCACUUCGAAUCAAAGAAUGACGAACCCUCCUUGACCUCUACCCUGAUUCGGUACAGAAAUUUUGCCAACACGCUACUGGAGGAGCUUGAGUCUUUGGGGGGUGCAGUAUGGGAUGAACAGAACUUUACUCACAACACUUUGGCACUGUUCAGCCGCGGGCUUUCGAUCUCAACAGCAAAAAGUGCUGCUUUAGAAUCUCUACAGUCUCUGUUUGGCAACUCCUAUCGAGAGCAUGGCAUGAAUCCAGAAUCAAGGCACUACUUAUGUUACAUGUUCUUCCUUUACUUGUUUCUUGCCCCAGAGCAGUUUACCGAAACAUUGAGGGUGGCAGGUAUUGAGGAUGAGAUGGUAGAUCUUCACGACAACAAUAAAAUUCCUAAAGUUUUGGCUGACUGGUUAAGUUCAGACAAAUGUUGUCCAAAUAUAACUCUCUAUCAAGGUGCUAUUCUUUUCAGUAGCUCAGUUUCCGACGAGCCCUGUAAGUUGAAAUUUGCGCUUAUUAUGAGGUUUUUGAUGAAAGCCAGGCCUACCACCAUUUUUAGAAUUUACGUGGUGGUAAGAGAGGAACUUCGAAGGAUAGCAGCUCUCGAUUUGACUUCAGACUGUGUCGCUGUAUCAUUUGACAUCAUAAGGCUGCUUGUCAAAUACCCAGAAUUCAAUAACAUGGAGAAAUUUCACAGUGAGAUAGUACAGACUAUUAAACAAAGGGGACUUCAGGCUGUUACCAAAAUUGAUGAGUACGAUCAAAGCUCUACUGACCUUUUCACCAAACUAGAGGCCAAUGCCGACCUUAUUUACAAUUGGAAGAGGCUAAUAACUAUGAUACUUUCGAGGAUGACAUGUUUUGUUUAA